GAAAUAAAAGUAGACACCGCCCUUUUUAUAAACAACCCUAAAAGUGGUAAAAAAGGUUUGUUUAAUUAAUAUAUCUACAAAAAUCCUUUAGGCUUCCUCAUCUUCUUCUUCCCCCGAAUCUAGUUCUCGUUCUCUCAAGCGAGCCUGUGACGAUGGCUAAUAAUCAAGCAAGCCUUCUUCUGCAGAAACAGCUUAAAGAUCUGUGUAAGAAACCUGUUGAUGGUUUCUCGGCUGGGCUCGUUGAUGAGAAGAACGUUUUCCAAUGGAGCGUCUCUAUUAUGGGUCCUCCUGAUACUUUGUAUGAAGGUGGUUUUUUUAAUGCAAUUAUGUCGUUUCCGGAUAAUUAUCCAGUUGAACCACCAACUGUGACGUUCACCUCGGAGAUGUGGCAUCCUAAUGUUUAUUCUGAUGGAAAAGUUUGCAUUUCUAUUCUUCAUCCUCCUGGUGAUGAUCCUCAUGGAUACGAGCUUGCCUCAGAACGUUGGACCCCUGUCCAUACGGUUGUAGAAAGUGAAAUGUUUUGUUCGAUAUUGAGCUUAUACACGGUUGGCUUUUCAAGUGUUCGUGGAAUUUAUAAGUCAGGACUUAAGAAUACUCUGGAGGAUAAAAGCAUUGUGUUGAGUAUCAUAUCGAUGCUCUCAGGUCCCAACGACGAGUCACCAGCGAAUGUGGAAGCUGCAAAGGAAUGGAGAGACAACAGAGCAGAGUUUAGGAAGAAAGUGAGUCGCUGUGUCAGAAGAUCGCAAGAGAUGCUAUGAACAUCUCUCCUGCGUUUUUUUUUUGUGUGUUGUAGAAAUAUCGAUUCUAAUCUUAUGAGAAAGCGUAAGCAGAACAAUCUUCAAGCAGCAGCCAGAUGAAUCUGACUUUCAAAAGCUUCUCUGUUUUUUUUUGUUUUUGGGUCGUCUUUAAGGUUUGGAAUAUUGGGGUGGAAUCAAAUCCAUUCCAUAUUUUAGGAUUAUAUUAUUGCACUCGUUAAUGGAUUCGUUUGAUCUGGCUUUUUAACUUUAUUCUGGUUUUGGGUUACAAAA